AGACCAGACGUUCCCAGUUAUAAUACUUUACUUCCAUUUGAAAGGAUGUUCAGAUAUUUCACAAACAAAAGAACUUAUACAGAGGCCUUACAAGUAUAAAAACAUCAGAGAAAUUAUAGACAUGGAUUUCUCUGGCUUUACCCUCCAGCGCACGUUUGUUCCUGUGACUCUUUACAGACCUAUCAACAAGUCAGCACGUGCUCUCCUAGUUAAAGCGAUUAACGAUUUGAAGGAUGAUAUAACUACGUUCAAGAUGACGAAAAAUACCUUGAUUAUACACGACACAAUUGGAACAGAUCUUUCCUGUCAGAUUAUAAAUGAGCUCAAACAGUACAUGGUUGGAAAGAUCAAAAUUGAUACAAAAGAUGCAAAAGAAAUCGAACAACAACAACAAGGAGUAAAUACUACAAAAAAUAAUCAAAUAGAUGUCGGAAUACUUGCAGUCUUCUGUGACGCAGAGACCUUUCGAAAAAAAGAGCACGAGAUAUGGAAAAAGUUUGCGAGUGGCUUUUAUUCUAUCGCUUUUUGUCUUUAUAAAGAAGAUUCUGAUGAGACAGACAAAGGAAUGCCAGGCAGCUGUGUCAUUGAAUUACAACCCUCCAAAGAUAAAAAGGUGAUAACAUACUUGAUAUGUGAAAGUCUUUUAAAGAUCUUACAUAAAUGUAAGUGGCAAAAACAAACCUCUGCAAAACCAACCGAAAGUACAAACGAACAAAAUAAUUCAGAACAACCAGCUACAGAUAGAUUGGAACCGGCAGAUCAGCACGGACUUUGAGAAACACUCUAAUUAUAAUGAAAAAGAAGAGAAACUAAAUACAAUAGUCACAAUCACUAGUCGACUUCUGCAAGUGAUUCAUCUUAAAAUGAUUCCGUAUGCUAUUAGAUCUCUAAAAUAUGUAACUGCAAUCAGCUGGUUGUUUUGCUGUCAGUGUUGGAAAACAAACAUCCGAAAAUCCAGGAAAAGUUCGCUAGUGUUUUUCAGAACUGUUUGGAAAAAGAAUGCAACAACAUUAUAAAGUUCUCAUCUGAGCUCACAUUUGAUGUAUUAUUAAAUAUCCUUGCUAUUUUCGCUACAGAAGGUUAAUUGAAUAUAUAACUUACAUAUUCUUACUGGUGUUAAGUUUUCCAAUCAAAUACUUAUUGGAAAAUGCUUAUGCACAUUAGUAGUGUAGUGUAGUGUGAAGUGAAUAAAAAUGACUAAACAGAAAUUAAUUAAUGUUAAUGUUAAACAAACAGACAUUUAGGGUCAGAACAUCCUCCUCAACCCUCAUUCGCCCCUGCCAACCAUUAGCCAGUUUUUUAGCAUUAUAACAUGCACUGAGCGUAGGUGAUGAUCAUAAAAUAGGUUUGGUUACAUUUUCAGCCUGUUUUAAAAAUGCACCUUUUUACCAUGAAGAUUUGCAUUUGGGAAACUUACAUUGAGAACACUUACUUAAUAUACUGUUUUGAUUUCAAAUUUGACCAGGUCCUGGACAUGAAGUGGUUUUUGCUGUUUUUUUACAUUUUUGUGGUAUUGGAAUUGUUAUUUUUAUGCAUAUAACUUGUUAUUGUUCAUAGUUGCCGGUUUGUUUUUCUGUGACAUUUAAUAUUUUAAGUAACAAGCAGUUGUUGCCCUUUGACGAAACAUAAAAAAUUAAUUGCUAUUGUUUUGAAUUUAUAUUCUGAGGCUUUUCAGCUGUUUUUUACAAACUAUUUUUAUGAAAAGAACCCCUUAAUUUUCAUUUUUUGUAAAGUACUCCUACCAGCAGCUAUAACAAUGUCGAUUAUGUUAAUAAGUUUGUUGCUGAGUAAUACCUUGAGAUGUUCGAGUUAGCUAGAAAAAUCUGAUUUACUUCUACUUGUCAAGAAUUGUAUCAUUUGCGAAGUAUAGUCACCCAUGCUCAGACAAGAAAUUUAGAAUACUAUUGUUUAAUAUUCCUUAGAUGAACCCUUCAUUAAAUAUUCUAUUACUAUUUAUCAAAUUUUAAGGCGUUAUUUCUAAAUGCGAACAUGGCGCGAAAUAUCAUGUUGACGUGACGUCAACAUAAUGUGCUUGUGAUAAAUAAAGCAUUGUCAGUCAUAAAAUUAAAAGAAAUAGUAAUAAAGUUGGAAUUUCAAAAAAAAGAGAAAAGGAGAGAGACAUAGAACAAGAGGAAAGAAAGAUAGAAGAAAAAAGAAAGAAUACGGUAAGUAGAGAAAAGUAAGAGAUGCGGAGAGAAGAGAGGGAAAGCGAAAGAAGAAAAAUGAAAUGCAGUUUGAAUUAAAAGUGAAAAACGUUAGCAUUGGCAAGUAGAAGAACAGAAAAUUCUCUAAAUUCUUCUCAUUUUGAUUUCACCAAACUUAUCAGGUUAGAUAAAGCCUUUUAAGAAAAUAAAUUGAUACAUAUUUAAUGCAUUUUGAGAAGAAACAGAAAAUCUUAAAUAUCCUAAUGAUAGUUGGAGUCUU